AUGGAUCCAUCUGCGAAGCAGACACAUCAUGAAUGUACAAGUCCUUCCCCCUGGGGUUUUAUCAUUUCUGCUAUGGUGCAAGAAUCUGAAAAAUGUCUGCCAAGAACUAUUGUGACUUCUGUGAUCCAAAGCAGCAAGGCCAAGGAUGUGAGAGCCCGAUUCCCACCAGCUGGGCACUUUGUUCAGCCUGUCUGUAAAGGAGAGAGGAGAGUUCAGCCUACCUUGCAAGAGUGUUUACUUACCUUGUCCCAUGAAAUAAAGGGCCAUCUCGCUUCAAGAAGGAUGUCUGGGGAGCGAGCUUUCCUGAAACUGCCCCCACUAGGAAGGUGUCAGAAAGUUAACUCCUGUAACAAGGAGGAGGAUAUCUACAAAAUGUUUACAAAACUAUCCAGACUUCACUGCAAACUGCAGGAUCCGCUGAAGGAGCUGCUUUAUCAGUGCGCUAGUGAGGAGGAAGGAGAAUGUUUCCACAGCUUCAGCUUUGAAAAUCUUUUAACUGGUAAGGGGCUACACCGUGAGCUUUAUCUUUCACCAGAGCCAGACCACGUACCACUCUGGAAAAGAAAUAUUUCCAACAGGCUUGCUGAGAAAUACAGGCAAUUCAGAUUGAACAUCAAGGACACCCCGAUGUCAGCAGUAAUUGUAAGAUGGAUAAAAAGAAACAUAUUAGCAUCAUAUGACUAUCACUCAGUUAUCCAAGAACUAUCAAGAUUCGGUGCUAUUGAAUCCGUGACACCUUCUGGAAGACAAACAGCUGUAGUUAUAUUCAAAGACAUCAUUUCAGCAUGUAAAGCAAUGAACGCUUUCCCAGCCAAUGACCCAGGCAGAAGGAUCCAAUGUGUUUGGCAUCACAAAUUCAUGUCUGAAUACAGAAUGUCAGGCCACAGAAAGAUAAAACUUACAAGUUAACAUUUUUAUUAAAUUGUUUCUA